AGGGGGCACAGACAGCUCCAUCGUCCCGCCGUGUCUCCUGCCUGCCUCCAGAUGCCUCUUGCCCACUUCCUCCUCCCCACGGCGUGCGGCUGUGUGACGGCAGCUGGAAAUUUCCCCCCGCGAUGGUGUGACCCGGGUGCUCGCUGUGGUGACUGUCGGUGACCCCACGCCUCUGUCUGGCUGCCACGCCGCAGGGAUGUGGGCAGGACACCAGCGUGACGUACAAAGGGGGGUGUCAGCGGGGAAAGGGACGGGUGACAGCCCCGCCGUGCCAGCAGCCCCGUGCCAUUUGUGCAGACCCAGCUGGCACAGCGGCCGCUCCGCAGAGAUGUCCCGGCGGGGGCUGUCACCUGCUUCUGCUGCUGCCUGUGUCACCCUCCUGCUCAGCUGGGCCUGGCUGGGCUCUGCCACCCAGCCCUCCCCAGCGCCCAACAAGAAAGGGCGAGCCCUGGUCCCCCUCACUCCCCAGGAGAAGAACAUGUGCUCCCAGGCCUCUGAGGAAGAAUUUCUCAACAGCACCCUCAGCACCCGCCUCCUGCCUGCCCUCUACUCCAUGGUGCUGCUGGUGGGGCUGCCAGCCAACGCUCUGGCCUGCUGGGUCCUGGCCACCAACUUCAGGAGAUGCUCCAGCACCAUCUUCCUGCUCAACCUGGCUGGGGCUGACCUGCUCUUUGUCCUCCUGCUGCCCUUCAAGAUCUCCUACCACCUCCUGGGCAAUCACUGGCCCUUCGGGGACUACCUGUGCCGCACCAUGGUGGCCUUCUUCUACGGGAACAUGUACAGCUCCAUCCUCUUCCUCACCUGCAUCGGCCUGGAGCGCUACAUCUCUGUGGCACACCCGUUCCUGUGGAAGGGCUCCAGCUGGACGAGAGGCAAAGUGGGCAUCUGUGUGGGCAUCUGGCUGCUGGUGGGGCUGGGCAUGAGCCCUCUGCUUUUGCGCUCCCACACACACAAUAUCUCCAGCCUGAACAUCACCACGUGCCACGAUGUGCUAGAAAAGGAAACCCAAAGGUUCUUUGGUUACUAUUUCCUGUCCCUGGUGGGGCUGGGCUUCGGCCUGCCCUUCGUGCUCAUGACCAUCUCCUACAGCUGCAUCCUGGCGCGGCUGCUGGCCAAGGGAGGGAGCCACGGGCAGGUGGUGCGUGUCCUGGUCCUGGUCCUCCUGGUCUUCAUCCUCUGCUUCACGCCCAGCAACAUGAUGCUCUUCAUCCACUACAUGCUGGAGCCCACGGGGUGCAACAACGGCACCUACAUCUCCUACGCCCUGGUCCUGGUGCUCAGCGCCUGCAACAACUGCUUUGAUCCCUUCAUCUACUUCUACGUCUCCCGGGAUUUUCGGGGCUGGGUCCGGGAUGCGAGAGGCUGCUGCCUGCUCGAGACCUCAUCGGGGAAGUCCACGGAGAAAACAGCCCUGCCCCUGAGGUCCAGUGAGCAGAGCCAGGGCUGCCAAGCUGUGUCCUCCUGCCCUGGGGAUGGGGGAGCCUGAAGCGUGCCCACACGAAGGGCUGGCAACAGACUUGGGCAAAAAAUCCCACCUGGGUCUGAGGUUCACAAGGAUUUUGCCUCGGGUUUGUCCCCCUGAUGACACCAGCGCUGCCCAAUCCCAUGGGACCCUCAGCUGGGUGCCUGGCACCCCGAUCUCCCCACCUGCCAGACCCUGGCAUCCCUCAGCGCUCCUCCUGCAGUGACCAAACCCUCCAGAGUACAAAUAAACCUUUAUUUCUCCCU